CCCCAGCACUCCCUCUCUCUUUUCCACUAUGGACAGAGCCUCCGCACAGAGGCUGCCUGCCUGCCGCAGACCCAGCUGACAUGGGGAGCGUCGGAGAAACGCAGCUGUGCUGGGCCAUCCUGGGCUUCCUCCUGCUCCAAGGCCACAACUCCCAGCCCGCGACAACUAGCCCUCAGGGAAACUUCAGCAGUCAUAGUCCAACCACAGAGCCAACUUCCCCCCAGACAGGAGACGGUCCUUCUGCAGAGCCCAACUACUCAAGCCCUCUGUCCAGCACCGGCAUCCCAGGCACAGGUGUCCCAAGCAGCGGCAAGAGCAGUGGCAGUACAAGCAGAGACACCUCUCACAAUGUUACAUCCAAAUUACCCACCAUGAGUUUGAGGACGAGAGAAGACUCGACCAUCCUGCCCAGCCCCACAUCAGAGACGGUGCUCACUGUGGCUGCAUUCGGUGUUAUCAGCUUCAUUGCCAUCCUGGUGGUUGUGGUGAUCAUCCUGGUCAGUGUGGUCAGUCUAAGGUUUAAGUGUCGGAAGAACAAGGAGUCUGAAGAUCCCCAGAAACCUGGGAGUUCGGGGCUCUCGGAAAGCUGCUCCACAGCCAAUGGAGAGAAAGACAGCAUCACCCUCAUCUCCAUGAAGAACAUCAACAUGAAUAACAGCAAAGGAUGCCCCUCAGCAGAGAAGGUUCUUUAAAAGCGACCUUGGGUCCCUGUGGAUCUGACGAUGAUGCAGCUUCCCUGUGACUGUAAGAAGGAAGGCGAUGGGAUGGGUAGAGGCAAUAAACUAGAUAUGUUAUUUUAUUGUUUCACAUCUACUCCCAGAUCUAAAGGACAUUAGCAUUCCUCCAGAUCUGGGAGCAAGCUGCCAGCCUGAGAGACUCUUUCCCACGUGGGCAGUCACCCUAGAAACACAGCAUGCUCCUCCCACCAUCUCAAAGUCACAGGGAGGAGGAGUCUAUAGGGCCAGAGCAAGGAAAAUGACAGUGAAUUGGUCCUUUCUAUUUUGCAUUAAAAUCAUUUUCUAGCCUGCA